AUGACAAGCAAUAAUAUGGCGCCAUUAGUGAGCUCGAGAUGGAACCCGACUAGCGAGCAAGUGCAAGCCCUAGAAGAAAUGUAUCGACAAGGGAUUAAAACGCCGUCGGCCCAACAAAUACAGCAAAUCACCGCAAAACUUAAAAAGUUUGGAAGAAUCGAAGGCAAAAACGUGUUCUAUUGGUUUCAGAAUCAUAAGGCUAGAGAAAGGCAGAAGAAGCGCCGGCUGCAGGCGGCCAAGGACAAAAUGCGCGGUUUUGAGAUGAUCGAGCCCGAAAAUAAACAACCCGGAUAUCUGGAAACCAAACAUCCUAAGAGGUUGCUUACGCCCUCAAGCUGCACCACAACUUCAGAGUGCACUGCAUCAAUGCAAGGAGAAGAAGGCAGACAAGGAAAGUGUACACAUAUUAACUGUAAAGAAUUGCAGCAGCUACAAAAGGGUCCCCAUACAUUCUGCAAAUUGGACUUAUUACUAUCACCUAAUAAUUACAUUAAAGCUCCUGCCCAAGAAAAUGAAAUAUUAUCCUAUGGAUUCGAAUAUGUCGAGAGCAGGAUUAUUACGAAGGGAAACGAUCGGAAAACUCUACAGCUUUUUCCAGUCGGGAGGGGCUACGAUUCGAGCAUUGUUAAGGCCGAAAUCGAGGAGAGUGAUUGUGAAGAAGAAAAUUGUGGUUCGAGCUUGGGGACUAAAUUGGCGCCCAUUCGCUCGACCGGAUACCAGCACGAGCUAUUGAUGAUAUGUCGACGUGAGCAAGACAUAACGACUCGAGUUAAUGGAGGCGAGGACGAUAACGAUUUGAAGAGAGGAACUCAAUCUCUAGAAACAGCUCGACAUCGAGGGAGAAUAAUUAAAGGGCCUCACGAGGUCCGAGGACAAGUAAACAAAGACGAUAGCUCCCCUCAUCAUUAUGAACAUGAUGAAGUCGGCCUCACUCGCCCUGCAAUAUGA